GACGUCGCAAAUGCGAAUUUCAGUAGUGAGAGGAGGUGAGGGUGGAUUAUGAGGAGGCCGCUCUCUGACUGAAAAAUAAGAUGCUUCUCUGAGUUUUUUUUCUUUCAUUUUUCCCCUUUCCCCAUACUUUUAACCGGGGCUGCAAACUUGCUUACAAUGCUCGAUUCAAUCAUUUAUUUUUAAAAGUAAAUCGCUAGCUGUCUAGCAAAUUGUGUAAAGUUCCUGAUUGUAUUUGUAUCUAGACUUCAUAAUUAAAUUUGAUUAAUAUAAAGACAACUAGCUAAUUUAUUUUUGUAACAUUAUAUUUUUUGAUACUUGGCCAUCAAGUUUGAUCUUUGGUUUUCUCUAUUUUUACAUUUUGGUCGAUUAUUUAAACGCAUCGUUUGCAUUUGGCUUCAGAAUGGAAUUCGAUCAGGUCUCCAGCGAGCUCAGUCCUGUUAACACUAAAUUUGGGUAUGCGAGGCCGGACGGGAUCCCCGGCCUAUCUUCGCUUUCGCUACCUGGAAAAUGCUUGAGCAACUCGCCUUGUCUCAGGAAACUCUUUUCGCCCGAGCCUGCGGCCGUGCUCUCCCCUGUGACCAAUCUGGCUCUCAACAUGACCAACCUCGCUGUUCUUGGAAGCCAGUGCGAUACCCCGAAAAGGAAAAGCCCUGCACCCCUUCUGAAAAUACCAUCUUUUGCUUCGGACACCUCCUCGGACGCCGGUGUGGGAAUGGACUCUCCCAGUCCAGUGGACCCUCUGGACAUGGAGGAGACGUUCGAGAGGGCCAUCCAGGAGGCUGGAAAAGUGAUCAAGGACAACAAGAUGCCAAUCCGAAGAAUUAACUCGCUCCCACUGCAGCUUUUGGGGUCCAGCCCUGCGCUGAAGGGGAAGGAGCCGGAGUCCCAUCGUUUCGGCAUCUUCGGUCGCCCCGGCGACCUGCCCGCCGGGAGCCGUGGCAACAAGGAGAACGAGGGGUUUGAGUUUAAGAAGCCCGCCAGGCCCGUGUCCCGCUGCCGCCUGCAGUCCUUCCACAGCGGGACGGGCAAGGAGCCGUUCGCCCAGCGCCCCAACUCCGCCCCCGCCCUCAUGAUGUCCCCGCCCCCGACCGAGAGGCUCUGUUCAUUGGACGACGGCAGUCCCAUCGCCCUGCGCCGCUCCUCCCUCACCUGCUCCCUCGAUGACGACGACGACGGCUUCCUGGACGUCCUAGACGAUGAUGUGGAGAGUGACUCUGGGAUGCCGAUGGGACUGUCCAGCCUGCUGACCGCUCCGCUGGUCGGGGAGAGGGCGUCCGAUCAGCCCGGCUCGCCCGUGAUUCGCUGUCGGCCGCGCGGGCUCUUCCGCUCCCCCUCCCUCCCGUCGCCCCCCGGCCGCGCCCCCCUGAAGCGCCCCGACCGGCCGCAGGACGAGAACACGCCGGUGCGCGUGAAGAGACGCCGCAGCGUGGCCGGGUCACAGGUCUGCCCCCCGGAGGAGGAGGUGCCCUCGGCCGCCCGGCUGGCCCAGAGGUCCAAAUCCUUCUGCCACACGGAGAUCGAGAAGCUCCUGGACAACGACGUCAAGGAGCUGAUUGGAGAUUUCACGAAGCCCUUCGCCUUGCCCACCGUCGAGGGGAAGCACCAGGAUCUGAAGUACAUCACGCCAGAAAUGAUGGUGGCAGCACUGAAUGGACAGUUCAGCCGCCUGGUGGAGCGGAUCCUUGUCAUCGACUGUCGCUACCCCUAUGAGUUUGAGGGGGGACACAUCAAGGGAGCUCUGAACCUGCACCAGGAGGAGCAGGUGGAGGAGGUGCUGCUGAAGACCCCCGUGCUGCCCUCCUGCCCGGAGAAGCGGGUGCUCCUGGUGUUCCACUGCGAGUUCUCCUCGGAGCGCGGGCCCCGGAUGUGCCGCUUCGUCAGGGAGCGCGACCGCAUGCUGAACGAGUACCCCAACCUGCACUACCCCGAGCUCUACGUCCUCAAGGGCGGAUACAAGGAGUUCUUCCCCCAUUUCCAGACUGAGUGUGAGCCCCAGUCCUACCGGCCCAUGCACCACGAGGACUUUAAGGAGGACCUGCGCAGGUUUCGGCUCAAGAGCCGCACCUGGGCGGGGGAACGCAGCAAGAGGGACCUGUACAGCCGGCUCAAGAAGCUCUGAGGCCCCCCCCCCCCCCAAUACCCUCGCCCUCCUCACCUCCACCACUCCGCCACUCACUUCUGCAGUCCUGUCUAUUUUAUUUUAUUCGUUUUUGUUUUCUCCCAAGUUUUCGUCUGGCUUUUCAUGUCCUUGUCGUGGCCCUGCGAUGCCAGCGCUGGGUGGGGUGAGAAGAGGGGCAUGCUGGGUAGCCGGGCGGGUGUUCCCUCGCUCUGACGCUGAGUCGCCGCUCUGCGCUCACCGCCAGGCCCCGCCCCCCCCCACGUGCUGGCGCCACGGCAACAUCGCCUGGCGUAGUCCUCCGUGCCACCCCCCCCGGGGGGGUCGAAGCGACUUGAGCAGGCCCACAAUCCUCUGCUCCUCCCUCUAAAGCACUUAAUUCUCCUCGUGACGCGUGUCGCCUCCGGUGUCCGUGGGUUUCGGCUAGCGGUGUCGCGAGGCUUCACGAACCCUGAGGCGGGUGGAGCCGGUGUGACACGGCCGGCUUUGGAACUGCGGUUUGUUUUUGUGUGCAGAAGUCAUGUGACUUGAUUGCUUGGUUCAGGUCAUGUGAUCCCUUGUCGUCGCGGGGUUUCUCUCGCCCAGCCCUGGUUCUGUGGCGAAGGCUGGCCACCCCUGGUUCAUCCCCCUGGUUGUCCCUGGCAACCCGUUGAAUCUCAGAAAGGUUCCUCUGUAGGCUGUGGUGAAACGAGAUGGAUAAAUGUGUUCAAAUCUGCACAUGGUCUCUGUAGAAUCCAGUUUCCCCUUUUCAAGCGAUAACUGAUCUGGUGAUGGCCUGCUGCCUGAAUGAGCUGUUUUUAUGUUAAGAACAUCUAAAGGGGAAGUGGUUUUUUUUUGUUUUUUUGUGGGUGGGAUUGGGGCAAAUGUCAAAUCCUGUUUGUUUUAAUUUUGCACUGAUUUUUUUUUUUUUUAAAUAUAUUAUUUUAAGUAAAUGUCUUAACCACAACGUUCUACCGAGAACACUGUGGUUAUGCUGUGAAUUUCAUAGCUUGUUGUGGUAUUGCGGUGAUGUUCCGGAUGGGACUUUCUUGCGAGACGGCAGAUUUAAGAUUUUUAUUGUUUUGUAAUCUUCAAUUAUUUCUUAAAUUUUUUUUUAGUUUUUUUUUUUAGACCAAGUGUAAUAUCUUUAUAAACUGCCUUGAAUCUCAAACUUUGAAACCUUGCACAGUGAUCUGGCGAAUCACAGCCUGUUCGACCACAUCAGCCUCCUGCCAUGCGCUCCGUGUGUUCUUCCCUCUUGCAAGAGAAUCCCUUUCCCUGUAAUGUACUGCCCUCCAUUAAAGACAAAAUGCAACAAAAAAAUGGCUAACUGCUUGUUUUUCAUUGGUCCCCAUCCCCCCCCCCCCUCCCCUACCUAAUUUAAUAUGGCCGUUCUGUGUCCGAGCACGUUUAAACACGUUUUAGGGGUUUUGAUCCUGCUGCUGGUCAGCUAGACCCCCUAAUUGGGGGACUCUUUCCAAAUUGGCCCAGUGUGUGUGUAGAUAUGAUCUGUUGGCCCCAGUUCUUUCAGUGUGUGUGUCCGUGUCUGUGUGUGUGCGCGCACCAGAGUUUUCAUAACUGCCUUGUUUCAGCUUGGGACAAAUAAACGUGGAAAGUUCAA